UGUUAUGACUUUUGUAUGGUUCCUUGUUUCUGAAUUGACAUUUUGAGAAUCAAGAAUCACAGAAAAUUAAUCAUGGAUGCGAAAAAUGCAUUGAAGACUUGGGAAAUGUCAAACAGCGUUGAAAACGUUAAUAGUAUGGACGAAAUAUACAGAUACGACAAGAGACAACAACAAGAUAUCCUUACAGCAAAGCCAUGGGAUAAAGAUCCACACUACUUCAAACACAUCAAAGUUUCAGCUUUAGCUUUACUUAAAAUGGUGAUGCAUGCCAGGUCAGGCGGUAAUCUUGAAAUCAUGGGCCUCCUUCUGGGGAAAGUAGAUGGCAGCACAAUGAUUGUAAUGGACAGUUUUGCACUGCCUGUAGAAGGGACAGAAACCAGGGUGAAUGCCCAGUCACAAGCCUAUGAAUAUAUGGCUGCUUAUACAGAAUCUGCUAAACAGGUUGGGAGAUUAGAGAAUGCUAUAGGUUGGUACCAUAGCCAUCCAGGAUACGGUUGUUGGUUGUCUGGUAUAGACGUCAGUACACAGAUGUUGAACCAGCAGUUCCAGGAACCAUUUGUUGCUAUUGUGAUAGAUCCAGUUAGAACUAUUUCAGCAGGAAAAGUCAACAUUGGUGCAUUCAGGACAUACCCAAAGGGUUAUAAGCCACCAGAUGAAGGUCCAUCUGAAUACCAGUCUAUACCUCUCAGUAAAAUAGAAGAUUUUGGUGUACACUGUAAACAGUAUUUUUCAUUAGAUAUUUCUUACUUCAAAUCAUCAUUAGAUAGAAAGUUAUUAGAAUCACUGUGGAACAAAUACUGGGUUAAUACCCUCAGUUCUUCAAGUCUUCUCACAAAUAGUGACUAUACCACAGGACAGGUGUUUGACUUGGCAGAUAAAUUAGAGCAGUCAGAGGCACAGUUAGGGAGAGGAGGGUUCAUGUUAGGGAUGGAGAAUCAUGAAAGGAAAUCUGAAGAUAAACUGGCAAAGGCUACAAAGGAUGGAUGCAAAACAACUAUGGAAUCUCUUCAUGGACUUAUGUCUCAAGUGAUCAAAGACAGACUAUUUAACCAAGUUCAUUUAGUCAAAUAAUGCCAUAGUUUUUAUAAUAAACAUUCAAAUUUGUUCAUGUGUAAAAAGAAAUGUUCCAACAGGCCAGAAUUGUAAGAAUAUAUUUGUACGGUAGGAAAAGACACUGGUUAUCAUUUCUCUUUCAAAAACAAUGUCAAAAAUAAGUGUCUAAUUGACAUAUAUCAUCAAAAUACUGUAGGUAUGUCAUGUGAUUCUGAUUAUAUCUUUUUAUUUGUUAUCAUGAAUAUAUACAUAAAUGAUAGAAAUGUGAA